AUGGCUGCCCUCAAAUUCGCGCCCUGGCAGAGCGAUGUCGACGUGCAAUUCUAUGCUGCUCUCGCGCACAUCAAGAUCAACCAUGACAAGCUUGACGACUCGGCACGCAAAGUGCUCGGCCUGUACGAGGUGCGGGCAAACGACGCGCCAGGCCGCUCCAACCGCAUCCAGAUACAUCCAAACGCGCUGACUUCGGACGAUACACCACCCAACUACUGUCGCGCCGAGGGCAUCAUUAAGAAUUGCAAUACUAUCGAAGACUACAAGAACCUUGAUAGAACCCAGGUCUUGGAGCGCUGCGCCAAAACGAUAUGGGAAGCAAUCCAUGAUGGCUCUGUAUACGAGUGUCCUUCGCUCCUUGCCGCGUUCACUCUGAUCACCUUCGCGAACCUGAAAAAGUACAAGUUCACGUACCACUUUGGCUUCCCAGCUAUACAAUCAGACCCUCCAUGGAAGCAGGUUGGAGACCUACAAAGGCUAAGCUCGCGAGAGACGGUUCAGCUGGUCGAUGCUGUUCAAACUUGGAAAUACCGCUCCGAUGCACGCCAGCGCGGCUUCUUUCUCGCAAAGAAGGUCCGCUCAAGUCCACCCGACGACGAUCCUGAAGGUCCGCCACCAACUCCUAUCGACGAUUUAGGUUAUCGGUGGGUGAUUGGAAGCUUGUCAUCCUACGAGAAGGAUUUCUUCGAAGGGGUAGACAAAGAAGACCGAUUUGUUUGCUUUGCCGACCCCUCAACCUACGAGGAGAACCCCAGCUGGAUACUGCGGAACCUGCUAGUCCUGAUACGUUAUCGGUGGAAACUCAACCAGGCCCAAGUGUUGUGCUAUCGGGAUACUCACAUUCGACGAGACGAGGCCCGCUCUCUCAUAUUGCAGCUUGAAUCACCGGCUAUUGAACCAGACGUAUCGACAGAGGAAGCUACCACACGCGUGCCAAAGCUACCCAAAGUGACUGGCUGGGAAAGGAACGAGUACAAUAAGCUCACGUCGCGCAUCGUUGACCUCUCGGAGUACAUGGACGAGCGGAGACUUGCCGAUCAAGCAGUAGAUCUAAAUCUCAAGCUGAUCAAGUGGCGAAUAGCUCCCACAAUCGAUCUGGACGUCAUCAAGAAUUGCAAAUGUCUUCUGCUUGGCGCUGGUACGCUAGGUUCAUAUGUUUCGCGGAUAUUAAUGGGUUGGGGAGUGCGAAAAAUCACAUUCAUCGACAAUGCUACUGUAAGCUUUUCAAAUCCAGUGCGGCAGCCGCUGUUCGAUUUCAAAGACUGCCUCCAGGGUGGCGCGAAGAAAGCCGAACGAGCAGCGGAAGCACUGGAAGAGAUCUAUCCUGGCGUUGACGCGAAAGGCUACGUGAUGGAAGUGCCAAUGGCAGGCCACCCUAUCACGGACGAAACUCAAACGAAGUCAAAUUUUGACCAGCUGGAGCAACUCAUGGACGAACACGACGCCGUUUUCCUUCUAAUGGAUACACGGGAGAGUAGAUGGCUGCCUACUGUGAUGGGUAAAGCCAAAGGCAAGAUCGUCUUGAAUGCGGCCUUGGGUUUUGACACUUUUGUGGUAAUGCGACAUGGGCUCAAGACCACUGAGGACGCUGAAGGCGAGGAAGAGCUUGGCUGUUACUUCUGCAACGAUGUUGUAGCACCAGCAGACUCUCUAAGCAAUGCUACAUUGGAUCAGCAAUGCACGGUGACACGUCCCGGCGUCGCACCUUUGGCAUCAAGCUUGCUGGUUGAACUCCUGGUCAGCGUAUUGCAACACCCAUCCAAAGCUCGCGCACCGGUUGACCCCUCCAACAAUCCCUCGGUACAGCCACUCUCAUCUUCGCAUCCCUCAUUACCAGCGCCUUUCGUUCAUCCACUUGGUGUUGUCCCUCAUACAAUACGCGGUACCCUUUACGAUUUCCACAACAGGCAGGUCACUGGCAAACCGUACGAUAGCUGCUCAGCAUGUAGCGACAAAGUGCUCGAACUGUACCAGAAAGACCCCUGGAACUUCGUGCAAAAGGCGCUGAACGAGAAGGGCUGGGUUGAAGAGAUGUCGGGACUUGCUGAGGUGCAGAGAAAGGCUGAUGAGGCUGCCGCCGAGGUCGACUGGGAUGAAGAGGGGGGGGAGUUUGGGGAGGAGGGAGAGGGCGAGCUGAUUUAG